AUGUCUACCCUCUCACAUUACAACCGUACUGAAGGCAGACCAAAGAUAUGGACGUUGGUAGUCGGUUACCUGCUGAUGGUUUCAUUCAAGUGGAAUAUAAGCACUGAACGUUACUUAAAAGCAAUCUCUGUCCCUGUCUGGAUUAUGCUGCUUUUUCACUUAGCUUCUGUGGCAGGUUCCUGGAGAAUUCCUGUGUUUCUGGUUAUAGUUGUUCUGAUGACUGUAGGCAUGUUGCACGAACAGCAGAAUGGAAAGGAGUCUCCUGGGGCAGAGCUUCCUGGUCAGAUGAUUUCCAUUGCUGCUUCAACAAUUGCCAUGGCAAUUUCAAUGACAGAAGAUGAGUCCAAUAAUGAACGUUCCUCGCAACCCUCAGGAGCAACAGAAGGUGAUCAGCCUCCACAUGCUUCAUCAUCUUUCUCCUCCUCUUCAUCUUCUUCUGGGAGCAGACAAAGACCUGAGAUUGGAUCUUUUCUUAGAAAAAAGAAAACUAGUGAUAUCUACUUUGUUACACUUGUGUGGGCCAUCGUCAUUGUCCAGAUCUGGCUAAAUUUCUGGAUUGUGCAGCUAUUGCCAGUGCCUUUUGCAGUUUGGGCACUUAAAAAACUCGUGGUUCAUUUUGGAGUUUUGAACUUCAUGGCAAACCAUUGCAGAAGUUGGUGGCAACUUGUUGAAAAUUUUGUGAAGGAACGUCAGGAAGCUCUUGCUCCACGGCCCAUCAGAGGGCUCGGAAGAGUCAUGCUAAAGCUUGACAGUAAGCUGUGGCACUGGCUUAAUAAGAAGAUGAUCGUGUGGUUGGAGAAAAUGCUAGAUAAAAUAAUCAGCAUUUUCAUAAUAUUUUUGCUAGUGAUAGGAACCCUUCUGCUAGCCCUGCUCCUUACUGCAAAGGUACAUCAAGAGAGCGUUCACAUGAUUCAAGUCACAAGCAGCUUGAUCAAUGAGACAGUAGCCAGUCACCCAGAAUGGGCAAACUGGCUUCCAGAAGCACAGGUUAUUCAGAAGGCACUCAAUUCAGCGGCUAAUAAUGUAUACCAAUAUGGCCGAGAAUGGAUUACACAUAAGCUCCACAAGAUUUUAGGAGAAAAAGUGAAUAACACCGCUGUGAUUGAAAAACAAGUGCUAGAGCUCUGGGACAGGCUUUAUCACUCUUGGUUUGUGAAGAAUAUAACACAUUCUGGAAGACACAAAGGACACAAAUGGCACAUAAACCGUCAAAACAGCUGGCUUGGUGAUAUUCUGGACUGGCAAGAUGUUGCAUCAUUUGUUCAUGAUAACAUUGAAACAUUUCUUUCGAUCCUGGAGUCUCUGUGGAUAGUGAUGAGUCGCAAUGUGAGCCUCUUAUUUACUACAGUUACAACAUUAGUGACAAUCCUCUUCCAUAGUGGGACAGCUCUUCUCAAUUUUGUGCUUUCAGUGGUGAUUUUUCUGACCACACUUUUCUACCUAUUGAGUUCCAGUGAUGAGUAUUACAAGCCAGUAAAGUGGGUGAUAAGCCUGACGCCUUUGUCUCAGCCAGGUCCCUCCUCAAAUAUAGUUGGCCAAUCUGUGGAGGAAGCAAUAAGAGGUGUAUUUGAUGCUUCCCUCAAAAUGGCUGGGUUUUAUGGACUCUACACUUGGCUGACUCACACUAUAUUUGGGAUUAACAUAGUCUUCAUACCAUCUGCAUUAGCAGCAAUCCUUGGAGCAGUGCCGUUUCUGGGGACGUACUGGGCAGCCAUCCCUGCAGUCCUAGAUUUGUGGCUUGUGCAGGGACAGGGAUGCAAAGCCAUUUUGCUCUUGGUUUUUCACCUCUUGCCAACCUAUUUUGUAGACACAGCAAUUUAUUCAGAUAUAUCGGGAGGUGGUCAUCCUUACCUGACAGGUCUCGCGGUAGCUGGUGGAGCAUAUUACCUGGGACUGGAAGGAGCCAUCAUAGGACCAAUUCUACUUUGUAUACUUGUGGUUGCUUCCAACAUAUAUAGUGCCAUGUUGGUGAGUCCAACAAAUUCCGUGCCCACUCCAUCACAAGCAGCAUGGCCGUUACAGAUUUACCGGUCAUCUAGAGAGAGUCCUGAGGAGAUAAAAAUGGCUGCAGAGUGAUGAAGGUGCUGCACGUAGUCAGCAUUAGAGAAUCGCUGUCUUCUGUCUUGAGUUCACAACAGCCGUGGCCUCCUGUCCUUUGCCAGCUGUGCCUGGGGGCAGCUCACAGGGAAGCAUAGCUUGCGUUUUAGGAGAGAACACUUCUCAAACAUCUGCUGGCCUUACAUUAUUGUGCACUUUGCCUCUAUCGAGAGAGAAUGUCUACUUCCCGUGGCUUUACACACUAACACACGGUUC